AUGGCCCAGUAUGUAUAUUCUAUAGAGUUCAAAUGCCCCAUCAUUGACUGUGGUCCACGUUUACCAAUUCCGGGAGCAAAAUAUACAGCUAUACCAAACACAUACGUUGGUCAAAGUUUUAUGUUUGAAUGUAUGGAUCAAUUUACAUUGCUUGGAUCAUCAGAUAUGGACCACGAGAAUACUACAGUAGUUUGUGACUCGACUGGCAGAUGGAGAUAUGGCAAUUUAACAUGUUCUGGUGCUCGUUGUUCGGACCCUGGAACACCAGCGAAUGCUGAACAGAUUACAGAUGGUUAUGGUAUAGGACAGACUAUAAACUAUCGAUGUAUGAGACCGGGUUAUUCACCAGUUCCAGAUGUAACAUUGGGAUGUAUUGCAGGCACUGCAAAUGAUGCCAAAUGGAAUGAUACGGUCCCUAAAUGCCUAGAUACAAUGCCACCUGAGUUUACAGAUUGUCCAAGUUCUCCUAUCAUGGUGAAUCCAUUAGAAGAAAUAACAUUAACCGUUCCCACAGCUACUGAUAACUCGGGUUUUGUCACUGUAGAGUAUACAGUAAAGAGUACGAAAAUGUGGUUUUUAGUAGAUCGAAAUAUAACAUAUCAAGCCAUUGACGGUGAAGAUAACACAGUGGAAUGUAUAGUCCAAUAUAAGGUUAAAACUGUUGAUCCGAGACCAACAUUGACGUGUCCAACACAUCUGACUCUGCCUGUGAUGGUUAGAAGUUCACAGUCGAUAAAUUUGGUUGAGAACAUUACAUCAAAUGGUGACUUGACCAUUAACCCAAAAACUUUACAGUACGAUACUUCUAACAUUAACACCUUUACUCAAGUUACCGGUACUGCUACAGGGAAACAGGGCCAGUCUUCGCAGUGUACAUUUUUAGUCGGAGUUAAGGCCGAUGCAUGUUUGGAAGAAACGUUGGUACCUUUGGUUAAUGCUAACAGAAUCUGUGGAGGAAAUUUAGAAGCUUUGAACUGCAAAACAACCUGUAAAUCUGGAGCAUAUUUUAAGAGUGGAAACAGCACAUCGAUUUCGUCUUGCACUGGUAGUGCAGUUUGGUCUGGUUCUGAUGCUAAUGAAGAUUGUCUUGUUUCCAAGGUUCCUGUAUAUAGUUAUUCUAUAAAGAUGAUAUAUGAAUUUGGUGCACCUAUUUCAAGUUGUAAAAACUCAUUCCGAACAAAACUUCAAGCUGAAUUGACCAAAACAGACUCUCGUUUGAACAAAGCUUGUAAAAAAUCGUUAGAUGUAAAUUACAAGUUGGCUGUUGAAAAUCUAGUUGCUGAGCAGAAUUCAGCAGCGUUUGAAAAGGCGGAUGUAAGCGCUGUUUUAAGAGUAUUAGAUACCGAUAUUGACCAAAUGAAAUUAACACAAUGUGAAGAUAAUUUGAAAACGUAUUCUGUAGAAAUUUUUGAUUUCGAUAACUCUGAUUGUGGUGAUUCGGAUAUUGAAAAUUUCGAAAUUGUCAAGUCUGGAAAUAGCUGCAGUGAUGAAGGUUAUUCACUAGUCACCAGUGACGAUAGUAACGUUGUCUGCUUGCCAUGUGGACCAGGAACAUUUUACAACUCGACCAGUAAAUCAUGUGAAGACUGUCUUACUGGCGAAUACCAAGAUAUGGCCAAUCAGAAGAGCUGUAAGAAAUGUGUGAAUGCAAUCGAAUCUGUGUCCCCACGACGACUUCAGUCCAGUUGUAUAGAGAACUGUCCUGACGGUUUUUACAGAAUAGAAGGAUUCUGUGAGGCCUGCCCUGUCGAUCAGUUUAAAGUAGAUAACGUCAAGUGUUCGCCUUGUCCUGACGGAGGAUCAACCCUUGGUGUUAACGGAGUGAACUCGAAGGCGGGGUGUAAAGCGCCCUGCCAACCCGGUUACUAUUCAACCACUGGAUUUGAAGAUUGUACCGCUUGUCCAAGACAUUUUUACUCUGCAGCAGGUGCUGCGAAGACAUGCACAGAAUGCGCAAAAAAUCAAAUCACAACAGAGAUGGCGUCAAUUUCCAAUGAGAACUGUACACAAUGUUUCAAUAACACGAUAACUCUUCCCCUACCCGUUCCUCGGACGUGA